CUGUGCUAAGUCAUGCAGAACGGUACCAGACUCGUUUGCUGCUCUUUCAACACCCCGAUCAUGGAUCAGGUACUGCCCCCCAUCCUCAUCCUGGAGUUCAUCUUCGGGCUCCUAGGGAACAGCGUUGCCCUUUGGAUGUUCACCUUCCAUAUGGACAUCUGGAAGCCCAACACGGUCUACCUGGUGCAUCUCGCUGUAACGGACAUCAUAGUGCUUUUCUGCCUGCCAUUCAGGGCUGACUAUUAUAUGCGGGGGAAAAACUGGAUCUAUGGCGACGUACCGUGUCGUAUCCUGAUGUUUCUGCUGGCCACCAAUCGAGCUGCUGGUAUUUUCUUUCUCACUGCUGUGGCCGUGGACCGCUACCUGAGGGUGGUCCGCCCGCACAGCCGUAUCAAUCGCAUGGGCCUGGGUUACGCCACGCUGGUGUGCUGCUGCAUUUGGGCAAUCAUCAUCGCCAUGACCGUUUACUUACUCACGUAUUCACACAUCGACUUGCAUGGGAAGCGAAAGCAGUGCGAGAGCUUUAACGUCUGUAUGGACUUCACGUCAAACAGUGUCUGGCAGAAAACCCUCUACCUCCUGCAGUUCUUCAUCCCCACUACAAUCAUCUUGUUCUGCACGGCGUGUAUAACCUUUCAGCUGAAGACCAAGACUGUGGAUUCUGGGGGAAGGAUCAUGGCAGCGGUAUACGUAGUGCUCAGUGUUGCUCUGGUUUUCAUCAUCUGCUUCCUCCCAAGCACAGUUUCGCUCCUGGUCGUUUCGAUCCUGAAAGCCUGGUACAACGAAUGCUCUUACUUCGAAGAGGUCAGUCUGGCCUUCUACGCCUCAGUGUGUCUAACGUAUUUCAACUGCGCCCUGAACCCGGUGGUGUACUACUUCUCCAGCCCUGCACAUAGACGAACCAUCCGCCAGGUCUAUCAUAAACUCUUUCGAAAAACAUUGCAGGAGGAGGAAAGAGGACCACCAUCAACCAGCAUCAGACCGUACACAGUGUCUUGAAGCCUGUAGUUGUUCACAGUGCAUUUGUCAAAGCUGUAUGUGAUCUAAUAAAAAAGUUAAUAUCUUAAUACGAAUUUUCAAGGAUAAAUAAAUCGCUGGGCACGGGUUGAAAGGUGAAAGGUGACCCUGAGAGGUUGAGAGAUAUAUUCCUGUCGCCGGGCUCGGGUUGAGAGGUCACCUUGAGGGGCUAAGUAACUUGCUCUAUACAUUUUAUCUUGCACUAUGUAUACUUUAAUAUUUCUCAGCACU